ACAUGCAUUAGGAUUCGCGUGUUGACGUGCACACAGUUGCCUUACAUAGGAUUGUUCGUGACGAAGUCUUGUCUAGCUCUCUAAAGGGACAACUACGACAUAUAACGAUGGGUGUUCUGGAUAUUUCUCUCUUUGCCCUUGUCCUCCUCGUCUGCCCUGUGUUCCCCACCACGUCCCCUGACCUGGCGUCGAUGUCCCUACAGAUUCAGCAACUACAGGCCACAGUGUCCGUCUUGAGCUCAGAGCUAGCCAACGUGACGGGCGAGUUGUCGAGGCACGAGUCAGAGGUCAGAAAAUACACAUCCUACGUGGAGAACAUACAACGAGUGGUUGCCUUUGGAAGUCGCCAUGGUCAGUUUGAUAUAGGAGCCUCCGUGGGUUUCCAAGCAGAGCUAGAGAAAGACCCUGCACCAGUGAGAGACCGUGAGGUUCUCGCCUUCUCUGGUGUGCCCCAAAACAGGGGCAACUGCUACAACUCCACUACUGGUAUUUUUAUUGCUCCUGUUGGGGGCACAUACAUGUUCUGGUGCAACAUCAUCAACUUCGACCGACAUAACUCCCUCGCCAUCUACAUAUACCGUGACGGCAUACCUCUGAGCUACACCGUUGCCCCGCCUGAUGUGUACCAAGGAGCUGCAACCGUUUCGACGUUUACUCAUCUGAAAACAGGAAGCAGAGUGUGGUUCGUGAAGCACAAAGGAUCUGAGUCGCUGCAAGGUGCUGGUUGGUCCAGUUUUGGAGGAACUCUGAUCAGAGCCGGUGUAUAGUGGAGAACUGUAUAACUUAUAUACUGACUGGUAGUAUGGAAGCAUUGGUUGUGUGCACGUGACGGAUGGAUGCAUGAAAGAAAUACUGUUAUCAGGGUAAACAUGUUUUUUGAUGGUGUUUGUUUGUCCGCAUUUUAAGAAAAAUAUACUCAAGAACUUAUAUUAAUAUCACCUUGACGUGUCAUUUGAAUUGUUAUUAUUGUUAAUGGAUUUUUAGAACUUCACAAUUAUGUUACAUGAUUUUAUCUUGAAUGUUCGUAGUCUCGUGAUUUGGUAUUUAGACAACAAUGUGUCACAUGGCCAAUGAUAAUAAUCAGUAAGGUCAGUUCUUCGUGUGACGUUUUGGAAAGAAGCGGUUCCCACUAUUCUAUUCUUGAUGUACAUAAUUACUUGUUUGCCUGUGUGACCUGGGAUACCGUUUCAUUCAUCGGAAUCCAACAUUCACUUGUCACUCAUAACGUUAUAAUUAUUUAAUUUGAAGUUUACACACUAUACGGCUUUUCCAUUGGACGAGAAAUCCGUCACAUGACCGCUAAAUUGACGCUCAUAAAGGUAUGAACGACACAAUGUUGACGCAAGCUCCGACGUUCAUACAGUUUGGUCCUCACUCUAUGAAGCUUCAUACUCCAAUGAACUAACACAAAGUGAAAGUCAAUUCUUAUAUGACACGCAGAAGGGAUUGUCUUUUGUUAUUGUUUUUCUAAUUAAAAUAAUAAUUUGUUUA